AGUGACAUCUCCAGCCUAACCUGCAGACGACAGGCUGAGGUAACCUGUUGCCAUGGCGAUGCACAUCCCGAUGGACGUGAUGGCGGGAGUUCCGCAGUACCGGCACAGGAAGCGGUUCGCGCAGACGCCCUUCUCAAGUCGUCAGCAGUCCAUGAGCCGCCAGGAAUCCUGGGAAGACGACCCUCCCGAGUCCCCUGCCGGCCUGGACGCCGCGAGCUUAGAAGAAGUGGCGCGAAAACUGCUGACCUUGGAGGAGGUCUCAGCCAAUCAGGAGGCCGGAGAGCAAGACGGAAACACCAUCCCUCUAACCCAUCAUCAAGGUCGACCUUGUGGGCAAAAAGGACACGGAGACACCUGUAAACGUAUCGUUAUAAACGUUAGCGGUUUGAAAUUUGAAACCCAGCGAGGAACGUUGUGUCGCUACCCGGACACUUUACUAGGAAACGCCGAUAGAAUGAAGAAGUAUUACGACUCGUCCCGACAGGAGUACUUUUUCGACCGACACCGCCCGAGUUUUGAGGCGAUCCUGAGUUAUUUUCAAACAGGAGGCAAGCUGACUCGUCCAGCAGAUGUUCCUGUGGACAUAUUUCUUGAGGAGUUAAAGUUUUACGACAUGGGAAAUUCUUUAAUUCGGCAGAUUCGUGAGAAGGAGGGACUAGCCGGCGCUGCCAUGCGACCAAGGCUGCCGAGGAAUCGAAAAUUCAGGAAAAUAUGGCUUCUCUUCGAAUACCCUGAGUCUUCACAAUGGGCUAAGAUUGUAGCUGGAAUAUCCGUAGCUGCCGUUUUCUUAGCUAUCGGUAUCUUCUGCCUAGAAACCGUACCGGUUCUUCAAGAUUUCGCCGAGGACUUGGUCGCGUCGGAACCAGAAGAAGUCCGCUCCUUCGCGCAGCCGUUUUUCGUCUUGGAGACUCUCUGCGUUCUCUGGUUCAUCUUUGAGUUGAUCACUCGGUUUGUGGUCUGUCCGAGUAAGCCAGACUUCGCAAAAGGUGCCUUAAACAUCAUCGACCUUCUCUCCAUCGUGCCGUACUUUGUCGACGUCACGGUGAUGCUGACGUCACGCCCGGGCGCGCAGGGACACACCUUGGUGCACACCUUGAGAGUCGUGCGUCUUGCGCGGGUGUUUCGAAUUCUCAAGGUCGCGCGACAUUCUAGAGGGAUGCAGGUUCUUGGGAAGACCUUCAAGGCAAGCUGGAAGGAGUUAGGACUUCUCUUGUUCUUCCUUCUAGUCGGGAUCGUGCUUUUUUCAAGCGCGAUCUACUUUGUGGAGUAUGACCUUGAGAAUUCGCACUUCAAGAGCAUCCCGUCCGCGUUCUGGUGGGCGGUCAUCACCAUGGUAACGGUGGGGUACGGGGACAUGUGUCCGCAGUCGCUUGGCGGGAAAGUCGUCGGGGGCCUUUGCGCGGUUUCGGGCGUCCUCACGGUCUCUUUAGUGAUGCCUGUUUUUGUGACCAACUUUAACCGGUACUACUACCAGGACAAGAACGCGCAGAGCUUUAGAAGGGCCACGGGUUCCCGCAUGGUCGGGCAUUGGCUGUUCCAAGUAACGCAGCCUUCUAUAGGCAUGGUGAGACCUAAUGUUGAUGUGUCCAUUGCCUUAGAGUUGGAAGCGCAACCGCCAAAACUCAGGAGAAAAGGCGGGAUAAAAAGAAGAAAGCCCGGCAAGGGAACGGAUACUACAAAUGUGUAGCUCGAUCAUGUAUACUUUAAAAUUGUCGAAAAAAUUUUACUAGUAAUAUGCAAUGCCUCAUGAUUGAAUGGGGUCGUUUGUUAGAGAGCGACAUCUAGCGGCCGUUCAGGGCAUGGCAACCACGGAAGCGCCCGAAACGUUGAAUCGGGUCAGAAAACCCUGUACUUUGUUUGCUGUAUAGAAAACAUCUAACUCAGGAUAGUGGAGUUUUCCUGUAUACAACCAUGUGAUAUUACCAUGUAAUACAUGUUGGUAUUCGGCAGGGACAUUCAUAAUGUACUAUGCAUGUAUACAUUAAACUAGAACAACAAAACCUCACAGUUUGUAAUAAAGAAACCAGCCUUUUGUGAUUGGAGUUUCAAACUGUUUUUGUCUCAUCCAUACCCUUAGCAACAUCAUAUAAGUGUCAAGUACCUGCAACCACAUUAAAAAAGUGUUAUCUUGACAAAUAAUGUCUUCAACACCUGUAUAUCUGACAGUCACCUUUAUUGUGAUGUUACCUGCCACACUGAUACUACUCCAAAACCCCAUACACACCCUUCAGUUCUUAAUAGUCUCACUACUUAUGUCAGUGGCCCCUUUUUCCAAUCCAUCCAAUCUGCUAUUUCCCCAUACAUAACCCAGAUAAACCAUAGCCUGUUCUCCCUGUUCCAAGCAUAAGUCUGUAGUAAUUGUAAGGGCAAGAACAACCCUUGUACAUUGUACAAGUGGUCUGCCAAUUCAUAAAAAUGCAAUCUUGAAAAAAUUAUACUUGGUGGGUUUCCAGAAAAUAUAGCCUCCACCAGGCCUUUCUACAGGAAUACGGAUCGUGGAAUUCGG